AUGACCCUCAUACAUCAUUGCACACUCCUUCUUCUGGACAAUCAGCUACAUCAGUCUCCCGUCGGCGAGAACCCUCAGAAAAUCCUCGAUAUCGGCACUGGCACUGGGAUAUGGGCCAUGUUGUCUGGUUGUAUUAGUGACAUAGUAGACGAGUACCCUUCCGCCGAAGUAAUCGGCAUCGAUAUCUCGGCCGUUCAACCGACCUUCGUACCGCCAAAUUGCAUCUUCCAGGUUGACAAUGCCCAACUCGACUGGACCUUCGAGCCUAAUGACUUUGACUUUAUCCAUCUCCGCUAUCUCUAUGGUGCCAUUGACGACUGGGGAAAACUCUUCCGUCAGGCUUAUACCCACGUGCGACCAGGCGGCUGGGCAGAAAGUCUCGAAAUCGAUAUCGAAACACGAAGCGAGAACCCCGAAGUACAAAGCGACAAGAAUCAUGUUUUCCGGAAGUGGUAUCAGCUCUUCUUCGAAUGCGGUCGCAAGACUGGCCGAACCUUCGAGAUUGCUAGAGAUGGACGCCAGGAACAAUACAUGCGAAAAGCAGGCUUUACAGAUCUAGUGUCCAAGUCGUGGAAGGUACCCAUUGGAGGCUGGCCGCAGGAUAAUAAGCUGAAGCAAGUCGGUUUCUACAACGGUGCUUUCAUUGAUCAGUCUAUUGAUGGCUUUGCUAUCUUUCCGAUUGGCGAGAUAUUGGGCUGGUCGUUUGAUGAAGUCACAGUCCUGGUCAGUGAGAUGAAGAAAGCAUUUAGGGAGCCCAGAUCCAUGCCCUAUUUCGUUGUGCAUAUGGUUUAUGGUCGAAAACCUGAGAUGGAGAACUCAUAA